GAGGAGGAGGAGGAGGAGGAGGAGGAAAAUGAGGAGGAGGAGGAAAAUGAGGAGGAGGAGGAGGAGGAGGAGGAGGAGGAACUAUUUUCUACUAGGGCGUGGCCCGACGGUGCGUGAAUGCGGCGGCGGCAUCGUGAAAGCGAGACCGAUGCCCGCGGGCACCAUCGCUGCGCGGCGUGCACCUAGCGGGCAUGCGCAUGCACGCCCAACACGGGCGACCCGGCCUGCGACCACCUCGCCAAUCGGGGAGAACCUCGAGGGCCUCAACGUCUCAGAGUUUGACGUCCAGUGCGAAGGCGCCAAACGGAGUCGGGGCGACGGGCCCCGAGCGAGAAAAGAGGAGAUGAGGAGGAGAGGAAGAGGAGGAGGAGGAGGGAGAAAGGAUGAGAAAGAGGAGAAGGGCAGAAACUGGAGAGAGGAUCAGGAGUACGGCGGGUUCGUAUCGUAACGACCUCGCGAUUGCACUCAAGCCAUUCGCCGCCCGGCGCGUGGGCGAUAAAACAAACUCUGCACACCUUGCACUGUAAAGGAGGAGGAGGAGGAGACGAAGGAAGAAACAAGAGGAGGGAGGGGAAGGGAGAGAGAGAGAGAGAUACCAAGACGCAGCUGGCGUCCAAACUCGGCGCCGGUGAAAAGGUGGCGCCGGAGGUUCGCGCCCGCACAGGUGCCGCAAACGCCCGAACCAGGGGGCCGCGUCGCGCAGCGCAUGAGCGCUGGCAGAAGACAGCGGAAGAACACCGCGCCCGGGGCUGCCGGCGUUGCCC